CCGACCAGAUACUUCCCUCAUCAAGCCAAGAUGUUUCUACCUUACGUUUUAUUUUCCUGGUUUGCUUUGAUUCCUGUUCAAGGAUUUAUUUUCCCGGGACUAAACUACAGGCAUCCACCAUUCUACGUUACGAAACCUCAGCCGCGUGUUGUUGUGGUUCUUCCUCCAAGAGUUUUUCAUCAUCACCAUCAUCAUCAUCAUGCUCCUCGGUAUCCUCAUCUUGACCCUCCUCUUCUAUCCGCCCCUGCUGAAUAUCAAGGAUACAGUGCCCCUGGGCAUAUUGGAUAUCAGGGAUACCCUGAGGUCGAAUCUGGAUAUCUAGAGUAUGGAUAUGGAGAGGAUAGUACAGGACAUUACACUUCAAGAUCAGAUCCAGAAAAUAGUGCUGAAGCUUUGAAGAAGAGAUUGAAAGAGAUUGGAAAACAUUCUGAAACUUCUCUACCUUACAACCUUUAAGAGAACAGAGAUGGAAUUUAAAGAAUUUGAGCCGUGGUUUAAAUCUGCCAAAACCGAGUUUAAAUUUAGUGCCGGAUUAAAUCUUAAAACAUUUGAUACAAUUUUAAAGUUGAAACGAACCAUAUUUAAACCGCGGCUUAAAUUUAAACCGCCGCUCAAAUUCUUUAAAUUCGACCACUGAAGGCGUAAUCUGUAUGUCUGAUUUACUACGAUAUCAUUUACUGAUAAUAGAUGACAGAGAUAUUUUUAUUUUUCUAGCUAAAAAUAUCAAGUGGAAUUAAGUGUUCACUGGUGUCAGUUCUCAGUAAGGCAAAUAGUAUAUCUAAAUCCUCCUUGAGCAGAUAAAGAUAUUAAGGGGACCUUUAUAAAUCAGACAUGCCAACCUACACAUGAAAGUUCAAUUAGAAUUACUUCACUACAGUCUCAUUAAACAUAAUUUGUUACUUUGCUGUAAUACUUUAAAAAAACUGAAAAACUUGCACUAUAUAUUAUUAUUCAUAUUUAUAUCAACCUACACAUGAAGGGUCAUUAAAUAUGAAUUGUUACUUUGCUGUAAUACUUAAAAAAAACUACAAAAAACGAG